UUUAAAAUUGAACGCUUGUUACCAAUCGCGCUUUGAAGAAACGAAAUUUACGACUCGUAUUUUACAUGGACGACUAAGUCUGUGAUUAUUGACACCAAGAGUUUCAAUCUUUACGUGUCGGUAAUUGAAUGUUACAAAGCUUAAUUUUUCAUCAGAUUUUAAUAUAUAUUUGCAAGCAACUAUGGAUAUUCACGUGCGACGGCUGAAAUCGGCGCUGAUUGUUGACCAGGAAAAUGGGUAUGUUAAUAAAGGUAAAGUCGCUAUGGCUUUACCAAGCAGACGUCAGGAUGUUGGUGGGCGGGGUGUUUUGGGAGAACUCGACCAUAAUAUACAAGCUCAGCGUGAGAACAAUAAAGGAAAAGUUGCUGUCACUGCUGCUGAAUUUGAGAAAAAAGCUGUUGUAAAUCGAGGCCAGACUCGUAACUACAGUCAUGUCCAGUCAAAAGUGGAUACUGGGCUUCCUAGCAAGAAUGUGUCUGUUCAGCAACUAUCAAAACCAUUACUGCGACGAGAGGAGAGCACUGCCAGCCUUGCUACUAGAGCUGUUGCUCGUACUAGGGCUGUCCUGAAAGAAAACAUUUACAGGCAACCUGAAUCAAAGGAUAGCAAUAUUAUAAUCCAAACAAAGAAGACUACACAGACAACCAAGCGGACGGCUAAGCUACCCACGUUGAAAGAGAAUACCAAGGAAACUAGAUCAUUGAAACCUGUUCUCAAAGAAUCUACUGAAUCGUUAGGAAAACUUAAGUUGGUUGAGACCACAUUGUCUGAGCAAAGUACUGUAAUAAGUAGUAGUAAUCUACAAAAUAAAGGACUAAUGUUUGAGAAUACCUUUGCAUGUCCUUCACCAAGACUUCCCGCUGACAUUGAAGAUAUUGAUGCUCGAGACAAUAACAGUCCACUUCUCAUGUCUAUUUACAUCAAAGAUAUAUAUAAUUACUUGACGCAACUUGAAGAGAAGUACCCAAUUGAACCUGACCACUUGAAGAUACAGACUGUGAUCACUGCUAAGAUGAGGGCGACAUUAAUAGACUGGCUGGUGGAGGUCCAACGUCAAUUUUCACUUGUAUUAGAAACAUUGCAUCUAACUGUGGGAAUAAUUGACAGAUAUUUGCAGGUUGUGCCAAAUGUGCAGCGUGACCGGCUGCAGCUAGUUGGGGUCACAGCAAUGUUUAUUGCCAGCAAAUAUGAAGAAAUCUAUGCGCCGGAUGUUGGAGACUUUGUAUAUGUCACUGCUAAUGCAUACAGCAAAUCUGAUGUAUUUAAAUGUGAAAGGGAUAUAAUGACCAAACUAGGUUUCUGUUUAGCUAGACCCAUUCCACUUAGCUUCCUAAGAAGAUUCGUCAAAGCAGCGCAUGGGACGUCGAAGAAUCACCACUUAGCGAAAUAUUUUGUCGACUUGUGCCUUCUAGAGUACUCGAUGGCUCAUUACAGACCUUCGGAACUUGCGGCUGCAGCUACUUGUCUAUCGCUGUAUUUGUUGUCAAGCAAAGAGCUGGAUAAUGUUUGGACCCCAACUCUGGUGUAUUACUCUACUUACUCACUUGGACACAUUGACCCAAUAAUGAGGAAAAUGGCAAGGAUAGUUAUAAAUGUUGAAAAUUCUAAUUUUAAGGCGGUAUAUAAUAAGUAUUUGGAUACGACGCUAGCUAAGGUAUCUAGCUUACCGCAGCUCAAAGGUGAAUUAAUUUAUGAAUUAGCAAAAUUGUCAUCAGAUUCUUAAGACCGUAAUAUUAUAGUUGUUAUUAUGUAAUGUUAAAAUCUGUGAACUUGUAACGCAUCGUUUAUUGUAUCCAAUGUUAUUUUUUGCGUUUCUGACUUCGGACUGAACUUUGUAUAAGAUUUGUUUUAGGUACCUGUUUUGAUUUAUUAAUAGUAGUUUUAAUUUUAGAUAUAAUUUAUACCUAUGUUUAUGUGAUAUUGAAUAUGUAAACUAUCUAUGUAUCCAGUUCGUAAUUGACGUUAUUAUUAAUGAUAUAAUUAUAUAAAAUGUAACUGUAUCUUUGUAUGUAAUAUUAUUCAUUCAGACUUAAAUCUCAUUUACUUGUACAUAAAUUGGUUAUUAUAUCAACAUUUUAAUUGAUAUUGUAUUUAAAUCCAAGACUAAUCUGGAUUGCUUUAACUAUAAUGAAUGUUGUGUAAACUUAUUGCCAAAUAUUUCCCGUAAGUAUUUUUUAUGGAAUAUAUUUUUAUUAUUUCAGAAUGAUGAGAGUAUUGUAACGCUUAAUGAAACUCUUAGCUGGUAUGAAAUGUAAAUUUUAAUAUGUAAUUAAUAUAUGCUUGACGGAUUCUCCUAGUGUGAAUUUCUUUUGUAGGCAAGAUCUAUAUGAUGUUUGUAAUUUUAAAGAUUUUCUGAUUAAAUGUAGUUUUGAUCGUAAAGUUUUGAAAAUAAAAUGUGAUUGACAACAUUGCCUUUUUUAUAAAAUCUUCUAAAAAUAUACCUUAAGUACUGAAAAUAUAGGUACUAAAAGAUGAUUUGGUUAAAAUAUCCAUAUCCGCAUUAUCAAAGUCGUUAAAAUGUCAAUUACAUAAAAAGGGCAAGUAAGUGUAUUCUGCAAGAUAGUGUAGUAUUCAUAUACAGUAUUAUUGCAAGUUUUAUCUCUGUCAUUAAUUAUUUUGAUUCACAUAAUUUUUUUAAUUGUUUAAUUAUAUCUGUAUAUAACAGAUGAAAUCAAAAACUGUUUAGACUGGGUUAUAAUAUUUUAUAGUUUGGGCACCAAGUAGCAAAUUAUUACGCUGUAUAUAUGUAACUUGACU